UAGUAGAAAAGGCAAGAAGAAGCACAGCAGCACGACCAGCGGACGAGCACGGCCGACUCGCAGCACCCGUUGGCGACGUCGCGGAGUAAACAAAAAAACUGUAUUUGAGAUUCACUUUAAUGAGAUUAAAACCCUAAAUUCUAAAGGCAUUUGAUUGUAUACGUGCUCGCCAUAAAGUGCAUAAACCAACAAAAGUGUCAUAAUCCAUGUAAAAACAACAGAAAAUAGUCAAAAACGAAGCAGUAACUAAAAUAAAAACCAGCAGAAAAACUCGCGAAACCUUUGCAUACACAGAAAUAAACGCUUAGACUGUGCUUUUGUUGUUGCUGUAGUGCCUGGCCUGAAUGACUAAUGAAACAGCUUGAAAGCCAACUGACAAUAAAUUUUGUCAAAACAAAUACUCGGGUAGAGGCUGCCAAGGAGAUUCAACGCAACAAAUUAUUGUCAUAAUUCUUGUUUUAUGUAUAUGUAUGUGCAUUGUCAAGAAAACGUUAAUUAAUUAUGAGCAAACACUAAAAAUAGCUGAUAAAAAAAAAGGAAGAGAACAGGCCAUCUAGUAAUUAUGCUUGACCCUGGUCCAACAAUAGCCAUAGCCACAGACCCAGCGCCGACGACUUUGUCGCUGUCUUCUGGCUAACGCUGCCGUUGACGUUAACGCUGACGGCGCUGUCUCAGUCGCUGCUUCAAUUAACAAAUUUACUCGCCAAAGUUGACGUUGACGUUGGCGUAGCGACUAAGCUGCUGCAGUCGCUUCACGUUCGUUGGGCCGUACUAAGCAAAGCGCGUAUAAUAAAUCUAGAAACUAAUAGCUAUAAGAACAAUACUUCAUCUUAACAUUUGAGAUUUUACAACUAGAAGAUUCGAGAUGGCUGCUGUUGGCAACAUACACAAUACGCGCAUUUUGCGCUUUCUCCUGGUUCUGAUUGUCGUCAUACUCACAAUAUUCAUCUAUGCAUCAUACUCAACGACUGCGACGCUGACGCCGACGCAUAUGCAUGCAGCAGCGCCGCCGCCGACGCCGCAACAGCUGACAGCAGGUGGACAUCAACCGCAACAGCAACAGCAACAGCAGCAGCAACCGUUGAUGGCGGCGCCGAAUAAUACAGGUGAAUUCGGUUUAGCGCCCGCAGAGGAAUCCAGUAUCAGCAACAGUAUCAACAACAACAACAACAAUAACAAAGCAAAGCAACCGGAACAACAACAGCAUAAGAAACCCCAACAUCGUUUGCCCACCAUAGAUGAAGACGCUCUGCUGGAUGGAGGUGCAGCUGGCGCUAGUCCCAUGGCAAUUGGCAGCGAACAAGGCGAUGAGCUGCUCGAAGAGCCACAAUAUGUGCAAAAUAUUGAUGCAAUUACAGGCAACAUCAACACUAACAGCAACAACAAUAACAAUAGCGAAGCUAAGCAAACAGCAGCGGUUGCUGUUGGCCAGCAACAACAGCAACUUCAACAGCAGCAAUCGCCUUCAGACAUUGAGGUUCUGAUGAUACCCACAUCCAAUUUGCAAAAGUUCAUCGAGAAUGCUGAUAAGAUUUUGAAGAACAUGACAGCCAAUAGUAGCAGCAGCCCCAACAGCAACAUCAACAUGGCUGCAGCUCCAGCACUACCAGCAGCUCCAUCGGCAGUUGCCUCCGCGCCCAGCGAACAGCGCACGGAUAAGACCAAUCAACCUGGUUUGAUGGAGGACGUGCAAUUAAAUUUGCUGGAUAAUAACAAUGCACCUGUUGGCUCUUACGCUGUAAUGCCCGUAAAAGUGAUCGCAGAGGAGAGCAAAAAGAAGGCGCCGACAGUUAAGCCAAAACCGAAACCCAUCAACAACAAACCAUCCAAUGGUCCCAUGGAUCCCUCAAAGGGCAUUCCAGCAGAGAGAAUUUAUGAGAGCGGACAUCUAAAUGAGGAAAUUGAUGUGGAACGUAUAUGUCCUUCAAAUGGAUUAAAUACUCGUCUACUUAUACUGAUCACCUCUGCUCAGACUCAUGCAGAUGCUCGGAUGUCCAUACGCCAAACAUGGGGACAUUAUGGAACAAGAAGAGACAUAAGCUUGGCAUUUGUUUUGGGUCGAGGCACAAACGAGACAGUGAAUGCGGCUUUAAGCCAGGAGAAUUAUAUGUAUGGGGAUCUAAUACGUGGAAAUUUUAUUGAUUCGUACAAUAAUCUAACGCUAAAGACAAUCUCAUCGUUGGAAUGGACCGAUCAACAUUGUUCGAAUGCCAAAUAUAUAUUGAAAACAGAUGAUGACAUGUUUAUUAAUGUGCCCAAGCUACUGAAUUUUCUCACACAACUUGAGAAGCACAAGCAAAAGCGCGCUAUCUACGGCCGUUUGGCCAAGAAGUGGAAGCCCAUACGUAAUAAGAAAUCAAAGUACUACGUAUCGACUGAUCAAUUUCCUGCGUCUGUAUUUCCAUCGUUUACAACGGGACCUGCGUACGUAAUGACAGGGUCAAUAGUUCACGAUCUAUAUGUUAGAUCUUUGAAGACCGUCUAUCUGAAACUGGAGGACGUCUUCACUACAGGAAUUGUGGCACAGAGUUUGGGCAUUGAGCGUAUACAUGUGACUGAGUUUGUCAAUCGUCGUAUAUCGUUUAAUCCAUGCAAUAUAAGAAAUGCAAUUAGCGUCCAUAUGAUAAAAUCGAAUGAACAAUUCGAUCUGUGGAAGAAGCUGCUGGACCAGGCCACAAAAUGUAAAUAGUAUUUUAGGGUUAAGCUGUGAAUUUAAUGUUUAAAGCGAAAAAAAGGCAGCUAGUGGCAGCAAAUAGUAAAUAUCUUAGUAUAUUAAGAAUUAGAGAUAUGUAUCUAUAUCUUAUAUAUACUCGUGUUAAAUGCAUACGGUUUUAAGUGUA